AUGCAGACGGAGUGUGUCAUCUCCGACCCAUUUCGGAGAGAGCAUAAGCGUCGGCGGAUGUCCGAACUGCAGCACGAAACCAAUGAGCUGCGACGGAAAUUGAGGUCCUCGAGCGCCUCAGACGUUCAACAGUCGCCCAUUGCAAUGUUGACCGUCGCAGCGGAGAUGGGCGUCCAUGGUUCCAGCAGCGGCACUGACCUGCCACUGACCCCUCAGUCGCAUAUAGUCCCGCCUGUGUCCUACCAUCAACGACAAACAACGCCCAGCAAUGGUGGUAUUGAACCGUCUUUGACGAGGAUGGUGGGACAGAUCAUGCCAGCGGACUACGCUCUUGACCCAACCGAGUCGCGCGCCCUCGAUAACAUUGAUUUGUCAGGCAGCGAAAUUAAUGAGCUCUUUGAAUUGUUCUUCCAGCAGUAUGCCCAUUUUCUGCCCAUAUUGGAUCCACAAUCAACACCCAACGCCUAUUAUACGCAGUCGCCAUUCUUAUUUUGGGCUAUCAUCGGUGUAGGAUGCAGAACCUAUGCCAAAAAUCCGACACUGCUCACGGCUCUUGCGGCUGGUAUCAUUGACAAGGCAUUGCUCUCGGUGGGGUCAACAUUGAUUCCGUGGCAAACUAUCCAAGGUCUCUUGUUGUUGUUGACUUGGCCUUUUCCCAAAGACCCUGCCAGGCCGGAUCUGACGUUCAUAUUGAGCGGGUUGCUUCUCCAUAUUGCUAUGCAGCAUGGAUUGCAUAUUCCAAUGUCCAGCCACGAAUUUUCCAAAAUCAAGCUUCCUACCCCUUCUGAAACCGACAUGGUUCGGAGAUCUGAGCUUUGGGCACAUUGUGUGAUUACAUAUCAGCGGUCCUGCAUGAUCAAAGGGCAAGCACCUCGGUCGUUGGUAGACUUCGAGCAUGAUCUUGGCCAACGUCAAUCUCUCUUUCGCAGAAUCGAGCCGUCCUUGAUUCUGCAAAUGAAGUGCCAGGAUGUGAUUGCUCGAUGCAGUGGAGCCGUACAGGAAAUCGGCGUACGAGCCAUGACGACCCACCAGGAGAAAGCCUUGGAUAUCCUUUUGCGCGAAUUUGAAAACCAGGUGAUUGACUUGGGUGUCCAUACAGACUCAGCAAACGACCGCCUUCAUAUCAGCGUGUGCCGACUCAGUGUGCAAGCAUUCCAUUUUUUCAAAGACCACACAAUCGUCACCACGAAUUGCCUUCCUCGACUGGUGAAUACGUCCUGUGUCGUCAUAGAUGCUACCGACCAUUUGUCUCAGAGUCUCGGUGGCCUCGCCAAUGCGCCCCAGCCGGUUUUCUUCGGUCUUCUCCUCUCCGCCAUUACUCUUCUCCGUAUCAUCAAGGUGUUUUCUUCACAAAGCUUAUCUCUAGAGCGCGCUAGGUCCGGCUAUUUUACUGCAAUCAACCUGCUCAAACUCAUGUCAGUAGACAACAACGACACCUCGGCGAAGACUGUGCAUAUCUUAAACCAACUUUGGAAUAGCCAAAAGGCAUUCCGCAGGCCAGAUGGGACGAUAUGCACCGUACUUCGGAUUCGGAGCCGUCUAGCUCUAAGCCCCGUUGUCGACGCAGUGUGGUGGUGGCGAGACGAGUAUGACAUCCAAGGCCGAGCCGUUAAUCCAUCGCAAAGCGUUGGAUCAGAUGGUAACCCCACAAGUCACAAGGCCACGCGUGUAAGCGGCGGUGCGAUACCUAAUCUACCUGAGCGACAGGAGCCAAUCCUAUUUGAUGAACAGUUUCUCGCGGAUUUCGAAUGGGCGUUAUGCGAUAAUGGCAUUCUAGUUCCUACCGAGCCUUUUGGGUUGACACUGCCGUCCACCGGGGCGGUUUUAUGA